AUGUGUGAAUAGAUCUAAUAAUAAAUCAACUAAAUCACUGUUUUACGAAAAACAAAUAAAUAAAAUGAAGAAAUCCAUACUCAUUAUUAAUAGUUACUUAAUACAUAAAAAAUAGAAGAAAUUCUUUAUUGA